UGUACUGAAUCUACAUAAUAUUAGAUCUUGAAUAGCAGUAUACAGGGAGUCGAUCAUCGACGUCAUUCAGGCAUCUAGGCAUCCAGUCGCGAUUCCCCGGAUCGAUAUCGGCAGCGGCUGAUUGGACGUGGCGGUUCUCGUUUUCCCGAGGGUCGGCGGGACGGGAAAGUCCCCUCAUAUCCUACUCCUACUCCUACUCCUGCUCCUGACUCUCCUGACUUUCCUGACUUUCCUGACUUACUUGCAGGUCAAGAGAGAAAGAAGAAGAAUACAUACCAUAGCAGAUUCAAGCGAGAAAGUGCAAAUGACCACCAACCGACCCUUCCUCGCCAACUUCCUGGCCGCCUUCCGCGCCCAGUCGGCAUACAAGGCUUCCAGCGGUGCAAGCGCCGGCGCAGGCUCGCAGGCUACUGUUUCCACGGGGAUUUCUCAGAGUACGCGAGCGAUAUCAAGAAGCACAGAAGAGCAGCAGCAACAACAACAACAGCAGCAACAGUAUCAGCAAAGUCAGAAUCAAAGUCAGAAUCAAAAUCGACAUCCCCGCGAUUCAUCCUCGUCAGCGUCACCCUCAUCAACGACGCCCAUCCCAAUCACGCAGACUUCCAACACAACCCCGAACCAGUACGGGACAACCCAGUAUCUUAACACGCAGACGCAGGCGCACUCGCAACACCACCGCCAACGCAGGGGGAGCGAUAGCUCGAACGGGUCCGCGGGCGGGGGUGGGUUCCGCGACGCCCUGGGCCAUGAGAAAUGGUAUAUCGGUGGGAGGACUCCUGCAGGGGAGGAACGCUUCUACAGGCUCGGUAUGGUUACUAAGGGGGGGGGGCGGUUGGGGGGCAGUGGUCGUGUGGGGAGUAUUGAUCAAUUGAGUUUAUAACACUUCAUUAUGCUUAGGGAUGGGAUAGGAGUUUACAUAGGGUUACUAUGGGAGUUACAUAGGUGUAGGCGUUUUUUUUUUUUUAAAAAAAAGGGGGUAGCUAUACAUAAAUUCUAUAUAUAAUGUUU